AUGGCCGCCGACAUGGUCAACAGCGUGACGUCGGACGCGCCGCCGCAGGCGGCGGAGCCAGCUCGGGCAGCUGCAGAGGUCGCCAGCGUUGCUCAGCCAGUACAGGAGAGCUCCGCGCCCCAGCCAGAGGCUGCCAGCAACUCUGUGGCGCCGCGGGAGAGCAGCGUGCCCCAGGCAGAGGCGUCGAAGGCAGCGGAGCCAGCGCAGGCAGCCGCAGAGGCUGCAGGUGCCGUUCAAGUCUCGCAGGAGCGGCCUGGCACGCUGCCAAUGCCAGCAGUGUCGGAGGCCGCUAUCUCCGCAGUCAGCUCUGCCGAUGCUGGCGCCCACGCAGCCAGAGCAUUCGUUGCCACGGCUGCGGACCGAGCUGGGGCCUCUAUUGCAUCCAGCGAGAUGCUGGUGAGCGGCGUCUCGACUGCGUCCGAGGCUGCCGGAGAGAUGGCAGGGCAACUGCUUGGUCCCCUGGUGAGGCCUGGCGACCAGGAAGCUGCUGCCACUGUGCUCAGCACCACCCGAGGCCCGCAGCAGAGCGCCGAUGCACAGCCAGUGGUGCCCAAGGCAGCGGAGCCAGCACAGGCGGCUGCAGAGGCGGCGGCGCCAGCGCGGGCAGCUGCAGAGGUCGCCAGCGUCGCUCAGCCAGUACAGGAGAGCUCCGCGCCCCAGCCAGAGGCUGCCAGCAACUCUGUGGCGCCGCGGGAGAGCAGCGUGCCCGAGGCAGAGGUGCCGAAGGCAGCGGAGCCAGCGCAGGCAGCCGCAGACGCUGCACGUGACGUUCAAGUCUCGCAGGAGCUGCCCGGCACGCUGCCAAUGCCAGCAGUGUCGGAGGCCGCUAUCUCCGUGGUCAGCUCUGCUGACACGGGCGCCCAUGCAGCCAGACUGUUUGCUGCCACGGCCGUGGACCGCGCUGGAGCCUCCGCUGCAACCAGCGAGGUGUUCGUGAGCGGUGUCUCGACUGCGUCCGAGGCUGCUGGAGAGAUAGCAGGGCAAGUGUUCAGCACCUUGCUGAGGUCCGCUGACCAGGAAGCUGCCGCCACCGUGCUCAGCGCCACCCCAGCCCCGCAGCAGAGCGCCGAUGCACAGCCAGAGGUGCCCAAGGCAUCGGAGCCAGCACAGGCGGCUGCCGAGGUCGCCAGCGCCGUUCCAGUCUCGCAGGAGAUCGGCGAGGCGAGGCCCGAGGUGGCCAGCCCCGUGCCAGCGCCGCAGGAGAGCGCCAGUGUCGAGCCGGAGGUGCCGAGGGCAGCCACGCCGGCAAAGGCGGCUGCAGAGGUCGCUGACACUGUUGCAGCUUCGCAAGAGAGCGCCGAGGCCCAACCUCCAGAGGCUGGCAGCCCCGUUCCAGGGCCGCAGGUGGGCGCCAUUGGCGAGCCGGAGGUGCCGACGGCAGUGAAGCCGGCACAAGCGGCUGCUGAGGUCGCGGACACCGUUCAAGCCUCGCAGGAGAACGCCGAGACCCGACCAGAGGCUUUUGCCGCCCCGGCGCCGCGGGAGAGCAUCGGGGCCGAGGCAGAGGUGCCGAAAGCAGCGGAGCCAGCGCGGGCAGCCGCAGACGCUGCACGUGACGUUGGAGUCUCACAGGAGAUCCUCAGCGCCCGGCCAGGGACAGCAGUGUCGGAGGCCGCUAUCUCCGUGGUCAGCUCUGCUGACACGGGCGCCCAUGCAGCCAGACUGUUUGCUGCCACGGCCGUGGACCGCGCUGGAGCCUCCGCUGCAACCAGCGAGGUGUUCGUGAGCGGUGUCUCGACCGCGUCCGAGGCUGCUGGAGAGAUGGCAGGGCAAGUGUUAAGCACCUUGCUGAGGUCCGCUGACCAGGAAGCUGCCGCCACCGUGCUCAGCGCCACCCCAGCCCCGCAGCAGAGCGCCGAUGCACAGCCAGAGGUGCCCAAGGCAUCGGAGCCAGCACAGGCGGCUGCCGAGGUCGCCAGCGCCGUUCCAGUCUCGCAGGAGAUCGGCGAGGCGAGGCCCGAGGUGGCCAGCCCCGUGCCAGCGCCGCAGGAGAGCGCCAGUGUCGAGCCGGAGGUGCCGAGGGCAGCCACGCCGGCAAAGGCGGCUGCAGAGGUCGCUGACACUGUUGCAGCUUCGCAAGAGAGCGCCGAGGCCCAACCUCCAGAGGCUGCCAGCCCCGUUCCAGGGCCGCAGGUGGGCGCCAUUGGCGAGCCGGAGGUGCCGACGGCAGUGAAGCCGGCACAGGCGGCUGCUGAGGUCGCGGACACCGUUCAAGCCUCGCAGGAGAACGCCGAGACCCGACCAGAGGCUUUUGCCGCCCCGGCGCCGCGGGAGAGCAUCGGGGCCGAGGCAGAGGCGCCGAAAGCAGCGGAGCCAGCGCGGGCAACCGCAGACGCUGCAGGUGACGUUCAAGUCUCACAGGAGAUCCUCAGCGCCCGGCCAGGGGCAGCAGUGUCGGAGGCCGCUAUCUCCGUAGUCAGCUCUGACGAAGCUGGCGCCCACGCAGCCAGAGCGUUUGCUGCCACGGCCGCGUACGCCGCUGAAGCCUGCCCAGAACCUAGCGAGGUGCUCAUGAGCGGUAUCUCGGGCGCGUCGGAGGUUGCUGAUUCGCUGGCAGCGCGUUUGAUUGUUCCCCUUCGCGGGGGUUUGGUUGCAGAAGCCCUGGGUGGUGCGCUCCAGGAGGCCCGUACCGCUGGCCAAGAAGCUGCUGCCACCGUCAGCGCCACCCCAGCCCCGCAGCAGAGCGCCGAUGCACAGCCAGAGGUGCCCAAGGCAUCGGAGCCAGCACAGGCGGCUGCAACCAGCGAGGUGUUCGUGAGCGGCGUCUCGAAUGCGUCCGAGGCUGCUGGAGAGAUGACAGGGCAAAUGUUGAGCACCUUGGUGAGGUCCGCUGGCCAGGAAGCUGCCGCCACCGUGCUCAGCGCCACCCCAGCCCCGCAGCAGAGCGCCGAUGCACAGCCAGAGGUGCCCAAGGCAUCGGAGCCAGCACAGGCGGCUGCCGAGGUCGCCAGUGCCGUUCCAGUCUCGCAGGAGAUCGCCGAGGCGAGGCCCGAGGUGGCCAGCCCCGUGCCAGCGCCGCAGGAGAGUGCCAGUGUCGAGCCGGAGGUGCCGAGGGCAGCCACGCCGGCAAAGGCGGCUGCAAAAGUCGCUGACACUGUUGCAGCUUCGCAGGGGAGCGCCGAUGCCCAGCCAGAGACUGUCAGCGCCGCCUCAGCGCCGCAGGAGAGCGCCAAGGUCGAGCCAGAGGUGCCGAAGGCAGUGGAGGCGGCACAGGCGGUUGCAGACGCUGCCAGCGCUGCUCCAGCCCCACAGGAUAUCCCAUUCGCCCAGCCAGAGGCGGCCCCGUCAGAGGCCGCCGUGUCCGCAUGCAGUUCCGCGAACGGGAACGCCCAAGUAGCCAGAAGAUUGACUGACUCAGCCCUGCUCGGCGUCGGGCCCUCCCAGCCAUCCAGCGAGGCGGCCCUGUGCGGCGUCUCCGAGGGUUCAGCGGCUGCUGACGAGCUUGCAAACCAGCUGCUUGGUAACAUGAUGAGUGCCGAUGACCGGGAAAGCACAGCGACUGUGUACACGCAGCCCUCGGGUGCCGGCGAAGCUCUCGAAGGAUUGAACCUUCUGCCGCAGACCCGACCGAGCUCCGCACUCUCGAAGUUCACUGCGAACUCGGAUCCACCGGGCAAGGUGCAGGAGAUGAUCUCUGACAUGGUCCAUGGUAUGACAACGGACUUGCCGCAGCUGGAGGCGCGGAGCCUCUCCGGUGCCCCGCCCGUCACCCUGGCCUCGCCGAAGACAUCGCUCCCAUCGCAGGCGGCAGAACCGGCACGAGCAGCCACGGGGGCCCCCAGCGCCGAUCCGGCUGUGACCGAGGCGGCACCGGCUGCCUCGGCGGCCGCAAAGGCCGCUCCGGAGGCAUCGCCUCCAGCGCCGGUGCAGGUGGCGGAUCCAGCAGGGGCCGCGGCAGAGCCGAGGGCGGUGCCGCCAGCGCCGCCCGUGGUGGCAGAUGCCGGCGUGGCUUCCGCGCCGGCCCAGCGGGCGGAGAGCAGGACGCCCACGUCCAUCGCCUUCUCCGACGGAGACUCCGACAAGGCUUUGGGGACUGUGGUGAACCGGCUGCUGGCCGACUUCCCUGUGCCCGAUUCCAUGGCUGCCUCCGAGAUGGGCUCCAGUGCCAGGACGGUCCCCGCUCUCCAGCUGGACGUGAUGGUCGACGCGGCUGCAGAGGCCGCGACAGCCCAGGGCAGCGCACUGGCAGACGAGGUGGACGUGGCGGAGGUGAAGGAGGGUGCGGCGCAGGCUGCAGCUGCUGAGGCCGCAGGUGAGGUGCAGCGCCCGUCAGCAGCUCCCGAGGAGGUGAAGAAGGCGGUGAGUGAAGAGCGGCCCAGUCAGGAGGUGCCCCAGCCGCAGCCGGUGAGUGAAGAGCGGGCCGCCAGCCAGGAGGUGCCCCAGCAGCAGCGCGAGACCAGCAAGACAGGGCGUGCCGAGGCUGCAGCCGUCGAGGCCGCCGACGACGUGCAGCCGCAGGCGGCAGCGGGCGGAGCGCGCGUCGAAGCCGCCGGAGCCUCCAAGGAGGCUGCAGCAGACCCGCGCUUGGAUGCAGAGGGUGUGGGCGAGACUGCAGAGAGCGACAGCGUGAUCCAGAAGCAGGAGGCCAUUGCCGCCGAGGAGGCGCGGCUGCGGUCUAUCGUGGAGACGGAGGUGCGCGCGCAGAUCGCCGCGGUGGAGGAACGCCGCCUGCGUGCCGCCGCCGACGAGGCGCAGCGCCAGGCGGCGGCGGAGGCUGCGCGCGCCAAGGCGCUCGAAGAUGCACGUGCGGUGUACGCUCAGGACGUGGCGGAUGCGCAGGAGAGUGCCGAGAAGGAGUCGGCGAGGCUGGUCGACGAGGAGAAGAAGCUCGAGGAGGAAGAGCGGGCCAUUCAGCAGGUGCUCCAGGAUGACGUGGUGGUCGACGCGGCUGCAGAGGUCGCGACAGCCCAGGGCAGCGCACUGGCAGACGAGGUGGACGUGGCGGAGGUGAAGGAGGGUGCGGCGCAGGCUGCAGCUGCUGAGGCCGCAGGUGAGGUGCAGCGCCCGUCAGCAGCUCCCGAUGAGGUGAAGGAGGCGGUGAGUGAAGAGCGGCCCAGUCAGGAGGUGCCCCAGCCGCAGCCCGUGAGUGAAGAGCGGGCCAGUCAGGAGGUGGAACAGCAGCAGCGCGAGACCAGCAAGACUGGGCGUGCCGAGGCUGCAGCCGCCGAGGCCGCCGACGACGUGCAGCCGCAGGCGCGCGGGGAGGCAACGGGGGAUGCGCGCGCAGCCCCCUCGGCGGCCGCGGCGGACGUGCAGGGGAGUGCCGAGAAGGAGCCCGCCGCAUCGGCCGCAGAGGAGAGGACGCCCGAAGCGGCAGAGCCGGCCGCCAGCCAGGAGGCGACCGGGCAGCGCGAGCCCAGCGAGGGCGGGCUUGCCGGCCCCCCCGCGCCCGAGGCCGCGGACGACGUGCAGCCGCAGGCGGCAGCGGACGCGCAGGCCGGUGCCGAGGAGAAGCGGGCCAGCAAGGGGAGCCGCGCCGAGGUGCCGGCGGCCAGGGCCUCGGCCGAGGCGCAGCGCCAGGAGCACGCGCCCGCGGAGCCAGCGCUGGCCAGCCAGGAGCUGCUGGGGCAGCGGCGCGAGCCCAGCGAGGACGCGCGCGCCGAGGCCACAGGCGCCCCGAGGGAGGCGACGGGGCGCACGCGCGCGGAGGAGCAGGAGCAGGAGCGCCUCGAGGCCGCCCAGCGGCGGGCGGCGGCGCAGAAGCGGCGCGAGGAGGAGGCGCUCCGACAGGCCGCGGCCGAGGAGGAGCAGAAGGCGCAGAAGAAGCGCUCGGAGGAGGCGCGCCGCCAGGCCAGGCAGGAGGCGGAGCAGAAGGCGCAGGAGUCCGCGCGGAGGCGCGCGGCCCUGCAGGAGGAGCGGCGCCGGCUGGAGGCCGAGAGGGAGGCGCAGCGCAAGGCCGCCAGUGAGGAGGACGAGCGCCUGAUGCGCGAGGUCAGCGAGGCCCGGGCGCGCGCGGCCAGCGCCAGGGAGCAGGCCGAGCAGCUGGACCGGCAGUCGCGCGCCCAGGGGGAGCGUGCCGAGGAGCUGCGGGCCCGCUCCCGCAGUGCGCGCUCGUCGAGCCAGGACUCCGACGUCCUGGAGAAGGUCAUGCGCUCGCUGGUGGCGACCCUGGCCACCCGCUUCCGCGAGCUGUCCGACCCCAGCCUGCUCUUCAAGGCCACCAGCGCCAGGCCGCAGGCCUCCCUGCCGAUGGCCCCGGAGCAGGCGGCGCCGAGGGCGAGCUCUGCGCGCCCAGAGGGCACUCAGGUGGACGAGCAGACGCAGCACGCUCGCAGGCAGCUCCGGCACCAGAUGUCGACCAAGGCGCCCCAGGAGAUGGAGGACCCACUGGCACAGACGCUGCCAGAGCUCCGGCGGCGGGAGAGCUCUGGCGACGCGCCGGCGGCGCGGCCGCAGCCCUCCUCGGCACCGCAGCUCGGGAGGGACGCGCCGGUGGUGCCGCAGCUGUGGGAGCCGCACGCGCGCAGCGACGCGGAGGGCCUGCAGUGGCGCCCAGCGUCCAGCGCGUCGAGCGCAGCGCCCAGCGAGAGCUGCCCCCCGAGCGGGUAUCCCUCCGUGCGGGAGCGGGCGCCCGCGCAGGCGCCCGUGCCGAUGCAGGCGGCGCCCGUGCAGAUGUCGGCCGCGCCCGUGCAGAUGUCGGCGGCGCCCGUGCAGCCGCCCGCGGCGCAGGCCAGCGCGCUGCCCACCUACGACCCCGCGUCUGGCCGCAGCCGCCCCGGGGCCUGGCGCAGGCCGCCGGCCGGGCCGCCGGAGGCGGCGCCGGCGGCCGCCGCCGAGGGCGACCACCUGGUUGAUCCUAGCAUCAUCGCGCAGCUAUGCUCGCUGCUCAAUGCGCCAGCGACGCCGCCCGACGAGUCCGCCAGAUACAGGGAGCGCUACGAGCGCUUCGGCUACGAGACCCCGAUCUCCUCCCGCACGGGCGUGUUGUCGGCGCAGCAGGGCCCCCCAGCCGCGCCCAGCGGGGCAGAGUCCUCCGUGAUCGAGCCGGCGCGGGGCCCGCCGGCAGCGUACAGCGCGGCGCCGUCCUCGUACACGACGGAGCGGGGCCCCGGGCAGGCCCGCCUGGGCACGCCGUCCUCCUACGCCGGCAGCGCCAGCGCCGGCUACGGCGCGGGCUACGGCAGCAGCCGCCACUCCGAGGCGCCGCGCUCGCCGUACCCGCCGCAGAGGCAGCCCCUGGCGCCCGCGGAGCUGCCAGCCGAGCGGAGCGCCGCGCCGGCGGCGGCGCCGCUGCAGCAGCAGGUGCAGCAGGUGCAGCACAGGGAGCUGCAGCAGCUGCAGCCCCGCGGCUCGGCCUCGCUGGAGCCCCCGCGCCCGAGCGUGCCGGCCCACUCGGACGCCUCCUCGGCGUGGACCGCGCCCUACUACUCCCACGGGGGCCUGGAGACGCCCCAGUCGAGCUUCGCGGGCUUCAGCGAGGGCCAGUUCCUGGUCCCGGAGCCGGUGGACCACUCCUUCCAGGCCGAGCGCGCCGCGGCGCUCGGGGUGACGCCCCUGCCGCUGGCGACGCUCGCCUCGAGCGAUCGCGGUCGCUCUUCCGGGGGCGGCUCCGGCAGUGCGGAGGACGGAGAGUUCGGGCAGGCGCUGGAGGCGCUGACGAAGGCCCUCAUGGUCGGGGCUGAGCGCCUGGGGACCUCCCGCAGCGGAUCCUCCGCCGCGGACUCGACCUACAGGUCCGCCCUGCAGUCGCCCGGCCCGUUCCGGCCCGAGGCCGACGCCGCCGACGCGGCGAGCAGCAGCAGCGGUCCCCCCACGAUCUCGCAGGACGCCCUCACCCAGGAGGCGCAGGCGAUGUUCGGGCAGUUCGCCCGCGACACGCGGCCCACCAACGCGGAGAUCAGGGGCAUGGCGGAACGCAUCGCGCAGACCCGGGGCAUGAGCCUCGAUCAGCAGGAGGAGAUCGAGCUCAUGCUGACGGGCAUCGCCGACCGCCUCUUCGGCGCCCGCGGCCACGAGCGCAGCGCCGAGCUGAGCGUGGCCCCGAGCAGCGUGGUCGAGCACAGCGAGCCCGCGUCCUCGGCGCCAGGCGUGCCCGGGGCGGAGCGCCCGAGCAAGGCGCAAAUCCAGCAGAUGGCGGAGGCGGUGUGCGACCUCACCGGCGAGGACCGGGUCGAGCCCGCGCGCGGCGUGGUGCAGCUGAUGGCGGACAUCCUCUUCGCCGGCCCCGACAGCGGCGACGUCGAGUCCGCGGAGGCCAUGGGCCUGUCCCGGCCGAGCCCGCGCGCCCUCGAGGGCGUGGCCGAGCGCGUGGUGGCCGCCUGCGGCGGCGCCGUGCGGAGGGCGGCGGUGCGCGAGAUGAUGGCGAUCCUGGUGCAGGCCCUCUUCGGGCCCGGGCGCGAUGGCGGGGAGGGGUCGGAGAUGGCCACGGCGCGCAGCUCCGUGCGCAGCCAGUCCUCGGCCAUCUCG